AUGGAUUACUGUUAAGUUUACUCUAGCUUAAUUAAGUGGGGAUUGACUACUCUUUAUAUUGCAGUUACUAUUUUCAUGUGGGAUUAGGAGCCUAUAUGUGUUUAGCGAAUAAAUGUUGUGCUUUCAAUCAUAUUUUUUAUAGGAGUUAAUAAAUGUGUUUCUAUAUUUAGAUUAUUUUUAUAAGAGAAGUCUCUAGAUUUUGAGAUAACAAUCCUAAUGAUAAUUAUACAUAUUUAGAAUGAGCGUUUGAGCUAGGGUUGCAUUGAAAAUACUACUUCUCUAUUUGAGCGUGUUUCUGUUUUUUUAUUUUUUAUCAUACUAAUUAGUAAUUCAAUUUAUUUUGUAGUGGCACUAAGUUUUCUAAUAUUUUCACUUCUAUAAUAUUUAUUACUAACAAGAGAAGUUUAUAACUAAGACUAUUUCGAACAGAAAGGAAUAACAAGCUAGUAGUUAAUUUAGUUGAUUAAACCUUUAAGUGAUGAAUGUAGCAAAGAUGAGUGUGCAAUCUGUUUAUCUUAAUUAGGAGAAUAGUCCAAAUUUACAAGUGAAAAUAUUUAAUAGAAUAAACUUUAAAAUACUAAUGAAAAAGAAUAAGUCUAAUAGUAUAUAAAUCAUAAUAAUUGCAUAGUCUGCAUUCCUAAAUGUUAGCAUAAAUAUCAUUUUUUCUGUGCUAAAGAGUGGCUAAAAAAUCACAAUACAUGUCCUUCUUGUAGAUAGAAUUUAAAAGAUUUAUCUUUUAACUAAUAAAACUGA